AGCAUUGUUACUUACACUGAUAAAAAUUUGCACGAUCGAUUCAUAUGUAAACAGCACUUCAAGUUAAUAUGCUUUCUCAUUUCAAUACAUAACCAAAGCGAUUUGUUUUGAGAUUUCAUGUGCAAAUUCACUAAGAUGGAAGAUUAGAUAAUUUUUCGAUGUGUUUUUCCUUUGGGUGUGAUGUGUUUUGCUAUUGAAUCGUGAACUACAUGUGUUAAAUACUUCAUUUUCUAGUGGAAAAAAGUACAGCACAAAUGUACACUUGAUUCGGUCAACUGUGAUUCAAUUGAAAUCUGAGGGAAAAUAAUGUGACAUUCAAAUGAAAUUCAUAUAGAAUCCAGAAGUAAUGAUAUUUCUUAUCGUUUUUAUGUGCAUUUCAGCUAAUUGAACUAUGGGAGAGCGAAAGGGUCAGAAUCACUACUACCCACCGGACUAUGAUCCGAAGGUGGGCAGUUUGAACAAAUGGCAGGGAACACACGCUCUAAGAGAGCGUGCUCGCAAAAUUCACCUGGGAAUCAUUAUUAUUCGCUUCGAAAUGCCCUACAACAUUUGGUGUGACGGCUGCAAAAAUCACAUCGGCAUGGGCGUUCGGUACAACGCGGAAAAAACAAAAAUUGGAAUGUACUAUUCUACACCAGUUUACCAGUUUCGGAUGAAAUGUCAUCUUUGCGACAACUACAUAGAGAUUAAAACCGAUCCGGCAAAUCUAGAUUAUGUGAUAGUAUCUGGAGCACGAAGACAAGAGAACCGUUGGGAUCCUACACAGAAUGAGCAGAUUGUAACGGAAACGAAAGAAGUCCAAAAAAAGCUUUUUGACGAUGCAAUGUAUAAAUUGGAACAUGGAGCAAAAGACAUCAAAGCAGGAGAAGAUGCAAAACCUGUUUUGGGAAUGUUGUAUCAAAGAAAUUCCAGUGUAUGGAAGGACAAUUUCGAAGCAAACAGUCGUCUUAGGGCAGAAUUCAGGGCUACCAAGAAGCAAAUCAAGCAACAAGAUGAUAAAGACAAAGCCUUGUUGGCCAAAUCUAGUUUGGAUAUUUCGCUUCUUCCGGAGAGUGAAAAUGAUCGAAAAAUGGCUGCCUUAAUGAGACUGCAUUCAUCUAAAUCUAUUGCGGAGAAGGAUCGCGAGCGCAGGGAAGCUAUUCUAACUCGUCCGGCACUUCCUUCAACAUCUACAGGUGAAUGUUCCAAGAAGGUAAAACUAGUCAGUGCAAAAUUGGAAUCCAAAAGUUUGGGAAUCGUGAAACGGCCUUCUUCUGUGUCUUCUGUCCAUGCAUUGAUGUCCAAUCCAAGGGAAAACUCAGGUGUAAGUGAAGAUAUUGCAGUGAAAAAACCCAAAUUGUUACUUUGCAAUUAUAGUUCCGGAUCCAGUGAUAGUGAUUGAGAAUCAAGAUUUGUUUACUAUAAUAAAAAGAUCUGUUUGUUUAAUGAUGUUCGUA